AUGCGUGCGGUUGGGUCGCGGCAGCGAUGGCGUUGGCGGGCGGCCAGCCGCGGUGACCCUUCGGCGGUGGUGGCGGUGGUGGCGGUGUUGCCUGUGUGGUGGUGUUGGCCGUCUUAUUUGGCGUGGUCUCCGUUUACCGUCACGGGGGUCCGUGCUGCCUGUGGAUGCCGUGUGCUGGUGGGGUGCGCUGUGGCUCCGUGGUGGAUGGCCCGUGUGCCGCCUCUGUUGUGUGCACAUUGGGCGUGUGCGUGGCGGCGAUGGAAGCGUGGCUGGGCGGGAGGAGGUGGGGAUGGCUGCGGCGUUGACGUGCGGCUGAAGGCGCUCUAG